ACGCACGAGGAAUACGUACACCACCGAAUCAUGUUUGUCGAGGCGGUCUUCGUGGCGCUGUGUCUGGCAGGUGCCGCAUCUGCCGGCGCAGUGCUUGCAGCACCGUCCCCAUUGUACGCCCCAGCGCCAGUUCUGGCAGCACCCAGCGUCCUCGCUGCUCCUGCUAAGGCACUUGUCGCUCCUGUGGCUGCGGUUGCUGCUGUACCAGUGACAGCUCAGUCCUACUCCUUCGGUUACAACUCGGCUGACGAGUUCGGAACGCGCGUCCAGCGCCAGGAGACCAGCGACGUCAACAACGUGCGCACGGGCUCUUACAGCUAUGCCGACGCCAAGGGCAUCUUCCGCCACGUUAAGUACGUCGCCGAUGCUGGGGGCUUCCGCGCUGCCAUCGAAACCAACGAGCCGGGUACCGCCCAGGGACAGACCGCCGGCGCCCUGUACAACGCAGCCCCUCUACAGGCUGCUCCUGUGGCCGCUGCUGUGCCGUACAAAGCCGCGGCCGUACCCGUAGCAGCGCCGUACGCGGCGUACGCGGUUAAGCCUGCCGCUGCUCCAACGGCUGUUUACGCUCCGGCACAGCCAAAGUACGCGGCCCCUGCGCCAGCCUUGGCCCCUGCUCGAGCUGUCGCCUAUGGACCCAAGUAUUUAUAAAGACGACGCAGGAAGUCUCCACUAAGCCUCGUCGCCUCAGUGGAUAGAAGUCGAUGAUGGACACGUGUGGUGCUGAGCUAUUUCUACGGUCAUUAAACGUUUUGUUUUACGAAUCAUAAAAGCGACUUUGAAUGCGAUCAGACUUAGGUUGAUCUUGUAGUUAGUAAACGCAGCAUGGAAGUUAUAUUGCAACUAUUCACAUUCUCCGCUCUACCACGGAAGCAGUAAUGUCGAUUUCUGUGUACGUCAGGAUUACUUGAGUAAACGGAGACCGAGGAAUUGAAGGCUGUGAAAGAGUAAAGUUCUAGAAUUAUGAAACCAUGAAUGGAGCUGCACAUUGUUGGAUCACGGGUAUGCUUAAGCUCGGCCAUCCAAGGAAGUCUGUUAAUCAGUAUGUUGAGCUUCAACAGCCUUCGACAACAGUGUUUUAAGGGAGAAACUUUGAGCUUUGCAUGGUUGCCUGGCUGUGCGGAUCGUGAAUACGUUCGUUCCGUUUUUCGAUUACGCUUAAAAUGCUUAUGUUCAUAAUACGAAGACCUUCAACUACAAGUGUCUUUCAGUGAGGGUGAAAUGGCCAUUAUUUCUGAGCGUGCACCGCGUAUCUAGGACUGCAGCCUUUUCACUGUCAGACGCAGACGUGUAAGUGGAUAUUGGUUGUGAUAUUUUUGACGAUGUUAGGUAUGUGUAAACUAAACACUAACUACAGUUAUAUGACGCUUUUCGAUUCCUGAUCACGUUCCUUCUUUCUGAGCAUUUGUAAAAAUGCGCAAUAAAUUUUAUUCGCUAUA